GGCGGAAAAUGUAUCCCGGCAUUCCGAGUGACGUCGUCGGCCACGGCUGGAUCCAUGUAAAUGGCGACCAUGCAGUGAUAUGGAGGACGUCUCAUCAGCGCCGAAUCAUACCGGUCAGUUGGGGCCGCCGGGGGGCCCCAUGGGCAUGAACGCCAAGAUGAGCCAAGAAGAACCGGCACAAAGGCCCCAGUACUCCAUACCCGGGAUAUUACACUUCAUUCAGCACGAGUGGGCCCGCUUUGAAAUGGAGAGGGCCCAGUGGGACGUCGAAAGGGCCGAGUUCCAAGCAAGGAUAGCGUUUCUACAGGGUGAGCGCAAGGGGCAGGAAAACCUCAAAAACGACCUCAUCAGGCGGAUAAAGAUGCUUGAGUUCGCGCUCAAGCAGGAAAGGAUCAAGUCUCACAAGCUCAAGUAUGACACGGAUCCAAACCCUGCCGAGUUGAAGGCACCAGUCUUCGACGAUGUCAACAAAGAAGAGCCCAUGGAUGGUGAGCUAUUCAUCACGAGCAACAGCAACGUGUCGUGGAGGCAAGGGCGCCAACUUUUAAGACAGUACCUGCAGGAGAUCGGUUACACGGACACCAUCCUGGACGUGCGGUCGGCGCGGGUCCGGACACUUUUGGGGCUUGGACCUGCGGCCAACGCCGGCUCUGGGAAUGCGCCCGAGGAUAAGGCUGUCCACCCGGCCGUCAAUGGCAGCAGCGCUGGGGGAACGGCGCCUGGGGAGCCUGUCAAGCGUCCCUCAGACACGCAGAGGAGGGUACCGGGCAAGAAGAUGGUCAAUGUGGCAGAGAAUGCACUACUUGACACGGAAGCUUCAGUCUUGGCGACGUUUGACUUCCUGGCCACAGAAACCGUGGACAUGGAGGACGACGACGACAAUUUUAGUGAUGAAAUGGAAGAUGCAGUGUCCGCGGACGACGAGGCAGAGGAGCGGAUGGACAACAGGCGAAUAAAAUCAAAGGUUCUAGGAUCCGGGGACGAGCUAGGGGAAGCCGACACUGAAAACGUGCUAACGGAGUUUGACUUCCUGGGACCAGACUCUGGCGAAGGCGGGCGGGAAGGUGGCCGCAAUCAAGGCGACGGCUCCGAGUGGGACGGUUGUGCUGUGGACGAGGAGGAGGAGGAGGAAGAUGAGGAAGAGAUGGCGCAGCGGUGGGGUGCUGACCCACAGCUCAUUAACCAGCUGGUCGAGGAGUACCGGCGAGAACGCCGAGGGCGCAGGGGCGUCACUGCGCCUGUCUCGUCGCAGAGACCCAAGCGGUCUGCCUUGCAAGCGAUGCUGGCUUCGCUGUCAACACCUGGCUCUGCCGCUGCCAUGGCCACCGCUUCUGCCGAGGAAGGUGGGCCAGGGGGCAACCCUGCCUUUUCCUUCGCGACCAACUCGUCGCCCCGCAUCCCGGCCUUUUCGUCCCCCUCGGCCCCUCCCCCUGCGGUCCCUUCGUCCUCGUCCCCCACCUCGGCCUCCCAGAACCCCUCCACCUCCCCUUCGCCCGCAACCUUUGGUAUGGCGUCGUCGGGCGACGUUGUCCUCAACGGCCAGUUGGGUCGGCAGCCCAUCGCUGCCCGCCUCGCCAGUUACACUACCUUUUUGGAAGAGGCCGACGAUGCGGGGCCUCGGAGGCCACUAAUGGGGACGCCGGGUGUGGACGAGGACAACAUUGAUGCAGCCUUGGGCCUGGGCGAGCUGGCGGGCCUUACAGUCAACAACGAGGCCGAGUCCAGCUAUGAUAUUUCAGCCACAAAGGAGUCCUUCAGGAAAACAUGGAAUGCGAAGUACACUCUCAGGAGCCACUUUGACGGCGUGCGUGCGUUGGCGUUCCAUCCUGUCGAUUCGGUGCUCAUCACAGCUUCCGAGGACCACACGUUAAAACUCUGGAACCUGCAGAAGACAGUGCCUGCCAAAAACUUGCUCUGUUACAUCAAUUCGCCAUUACUGGCAAACAGCACGACGGCAGCCCUAGACGUGGAACCAGUCUACACAUUCCGGGCACAUUCGGGCCCCGUGCUGUGCCUGGCGAUGGGUGCGACAGGAGAGCAGUGCUUCAGUGGCGGCCUGGACCACACCAUCCGCUGCUGGAAUGUGCCCAGCUCGACCAUCGACCCAUACGACUCCUUUGAGCCGGGUGUCCUGUCAGGGACCCUGUGGGGACACACGGACGCAGUGUGGGGCCUGUCAAUGCAUGCGACCAAGCUUCAGCUCCUGUCGUGUUCGGGUGACGGCACGGUACGGCUCUGGUCCCCACACAGCAAGGUGCCCCUGCUUCACACUUACACCGCCCCAGACCCGGCCGACGGAAUCCCAACGUCGGUGGACUUCGUGCGGUCCGACUCCAGCCAGAUGGCGGUGGCGUACACGACGUCACGCUCUGUCAUCAUGGAUCUGGAGACGGGCAAGCAGGUGGUGCGGCUCGAGAGCGACCAGAAUCCAGAUGCGAGUGCCCUCAGCAAACAGAUCAACUGUGUGGUGAGCCAUCCGACCCUGCCCAUGACGGUGACGGCGCACGAGGAUCGCCACAUUCGCUUCUUUGACAACAACACUGGCAAGAUGGUGCACUCGAUGGUCGCCCACUUGGAUGCAGUGACGAGCCUGGCCAUCGACCCCAACGGCCUCUACCUUCUCUCAGGAAGCCACGACUGCUCGAUCCGGCUGUGGAACCUGGACAACAAGACAUGCGUGCAGGAGAUUACCUCGCAUCGCAAGAAGUUCGACGAGUCCAUCUUCGACGUGGCCUUCCACCCGUCGAAGCCGUACAUUGCCAGCGCCGGAGCGGACGCCCUCGCCAAGGUCUUCGUCUGAAAAGGAAACCGGCAGCAGCAGCCGAGGUGUGUCGUACGAAGAGGUACGAGAAGGGAAGAUACAAGGAGACCGAUCCUUCUCUCUCCGCGCACCACCUCUCGCACGCUCGCACACAUGCGCCUCUCCGCCCCUUGGUCCUCCCGCCACGUGUACCACACCGGCGUCACCACCGUUGUCAUCGGCAAGUGUAGGGCAAAGGAAGAGCGGGAGCUGGACACAUUCUCGGCGAUCACCUUCAAGCACUCCUCAUGUUGCGGGAGAGAGGGAGACUGUGUUGCCUUGUGUGUGUGCGUGCGCGUGUGUUUCAGCCGCCUAACCUAACUUAUUGAACCACCACCGCCGCUGCUUGGGGGAGGUUUCGGGAGGGGAAAGGAACAUUAAAACUCUCACCACGUAUUGUAUUUUUUUUUUUGCCCCCUCAUGUUGUUUUCACCUGAUCUUGCUUUAAUACCGUUUUUUUUUUUUUUGUCGUUUAUUGUCAUUAUGCACCGUCAUCGAGUCCUGCCCCAUCCGUCACCUCCCUCCUGCUUGUGGCAUGCAUUGCCACAUAUCUGAGGAUGGCGGGAAUAAGAGAGAGAGAGAGGGAAUGCACCACCGAGUCAACAACGGAGCGACCAGCAGGGGCUGAAGAAAGGAGGAGUUACGAAGGCUUUCGGCAGGGGGGUUUGCAUUGACCACCGCUGCCCCGUCUAGCCCAAGCACUGCAGACAUGAACCUUCUUACUUUUUUUUUUUUUUUUGCUUCUCCGCUCGCCCUCCUCCUCUCUUGGCGGCGGAUCACAAAUCCCAGAGAAGUGUGCUCGUGCAGGAAGAUCGCAACGUCUGUCGUGCCGAGCUUUGUGGUGUGACCUUCCCGGUAGCAGCAACAGCGCUGCUGCUACGAUUACCACUGAAGGAUUGCUAGUGCCGCAGUAGCUUUGUUCCACGUGUUGCUGGAGCGUUGAAACCAAGAAGGCCUCUCUGUCGUCCCUGUGUGCGCUAAAGAUGAGAAGCUGUGCACACGGGUGUAGUAACUACGGGAAAUCUCUGAUCUUGCCCUGCGUGCGUAUGUGCUGCCGUGCGCUGCGCCUUACUUUUUUUUCCCUCCUUCCCUUUUUGUGUGGACUUUGUUGCGAGCUCAGUUCUUUUUAUCCCUCCCCCUUCCCUGUAUUGUCCUUCAGACGUAUGUGUGCCAUCAUCUGCCUGUGUAUGUGUGUGUUUGUCGGUCCUUUCAUCAGUUCCUUACCUGGUUCCUCGACGGACUUGUGCAGUCUUCUAGCCUUCGGAACCACGGGAAAAAAUGGGAAGGAGGCUCGGUAGUUGGCCGCAGCUAGUUUUUGACAAAAAGUCGUCAGCCUCGCCCCCUUCCCUCGAGUGUGAAACGGUUGAGUCUGGGUGGAAACUUUUUCUUCUCUUGACAGUGGCGCAAGAGAAGGCUCCCCUGACGUUAGUUUUGCAGGCCUGGUAGACUCGUGUAGGGCUCUUAGUGUUAGACGCAUGGCAAAAGAGCGAGAGCUUUCGAGGCCGCCAUCGCCCGAAGAUGAGCAUGGCAGUCAACAGACUGACUUUAACUCGCAGGAAGAGAAACAAGCAAGACAAAAGCACCCGUGCCGCUCUUUGCUUUUCCCUUUUUUUUUUUGUUCUCUGCUCGCCACUGUAAACUGUACUAACCGAAGAGAUGUGAACAGCAUGGCCUUUGACACACAGCACCUGUUUAGUGUCCCGUCUCGGCUGUGGAAGUGUAUUCUGUGUACAGAGAAAAAAAAAAUGUGGCUGAUUGGAAAGUUGCUUGCUGCAGCAGAUGUGGUGGCCACUGCAGUGCUUUUUUUUUUUUCCUCUGUCGGUGAGCCAUAGUGUUGACAAGCUCUUUGCCGACGGGCACUGUCAAUCCUGUCAGCAGACCAGUAGCAGUCGUCUGUCAAUAACAUGACUUGUGUCUCAGAUGGCUGAGGGAGGACUACAAGGUUGUACAUUGUUUUUUUGGUCAUCGGGGGUCAGUGCAUUUCGUUCGGCUGUGAAAAAAAAAGUGAGGUGCGAUUUGUUAGACGUGAAAAUGAAAUCUCUUCCCGCCUCCAACCCAGCCCCGCUUGCCCUACCUUCCUUAGAGGUUUUCACAUUGUUCCUACCACCUUUGUGUGUUUUGACUCGUAAUUCUGCACUGUCGUUUUUUUGGGAGUACUAAAUUGUGCAAGGAGAGAGACGAGUCACUGUCCAACAUGUUAUUAUUAUUAUUUUUUUUUUAUAUGCCAGGCAGUGGUAUUUGAGCUCCGAAGGGGUGAAACCUGAAGAAUGUGGCACUUUCCACGCGCCUCCUUUUUUUUAGGCCCGGAAGGACUCGCGAAACUUGGUUUCCUGCCACCAAUUCUACUUACCUGAACAGAAAAAUGGGCAGCUUGAAGAGCAGUUUUCCUUUGCUUGUUGUCAGAUUCUCUCGUUUUGAUGAGGGACUACCAGAAAAGGCUGUCUUGCCAUAACUUGGCUUUUUAUUUUCUUUGCAGGCUAUUUAUUAAUGCAGGAUCCUUCUGUUUUUUUACAACUUCGAUUUUAUUUAUAACAGUUUGCACCUGUUCUUUCCACUCUUAUCGAUCCUUUGGUCCUGUGCCCUGCAGGCAUGCCAGUUUAAACGAGGAAGGCAGGGCUACACUCCCAAAUCGCCCCCAUCCGGUGUACCGAAUGUUGCAUAAAUAAAGAAGAUGGUUACCAACGGCCUUUCUGGCCAAUGGCUGUCUCGUUUACACUCAAAUUUGGCGCAGGGAUAGCAUUUCGCGGUGAAUCUUGUCGCACACAGUUGUUAAGGCGCAGCGCUUGCUUGUUUUGUUCAGAGUAGGUCAUCGGAUCUGCCUGUCAUCCAUGGCUAUGGAAGACGGUAAAAAUAAUAGGUAAUAUAAGUAUUCGAAACAUGGUGUCUACGACAUGUUUCCGGCUCUGGGCCCGUACAGUUGGCAAAACUAUGGCCCUCGACAUCGGCUUCUGAUGCCUAGAGAGAGGCAUCGCUGGGGUUUGGGCACUUGUGCUGAGAGGAACAGUGUCUUGCAUUGUAGGUGCGGCGCACCUUGUCUCAACAUAAUAUUGCAUACAGUACCUGGGAAAACUGAUUUCCUUGAUUCGUGUUGAAUGAAACGGAAAGGUGUUGUAUUGAAACAUGGUAUUAAACAAAUGCACUGCAGAAUGCUGCCCCUGCGAGACGCUGAGCGCAAACCAAGGCAGUGGUUGAGCCAGAUGACUUGUCCAAGCCAGACUCCUUUACGUAUGCACCACUUUGCACACUGUGGGCAAGUGUCUUUGUGUGAAUGCCGUGCCGUGUCUCUUAAGGAGGACUGCUUAAAAGACGUGGCGAAGAGAGGUCAGAAAGAGGAAUGCCUGCGAAAGACUGUGGACAUGGGGGACACACUGACCUGUGUAAUUUUUUUUUCCUGCAUUGUAACGUGUACAGAACUGUAUGUAGUCAUCUGCGAAUGUUUAUUAGUAGAAAAAAAAAUGCAAUUUAUCUAUUCUUUCUCGUUUAUAAUUUGUCUGCCUUCAAAUUUUUUUUCCUUGAAAUGUACUUGUGUGCGUGUGCGUGCUCUUAAGGGCAGGUCUCUGCCAAGUUUCAACUGACUUGAGUAUGUGUGUAGAUUUUUUUUCCUCCCAAGGACGCUGCUACUCAGUAUGGCAUUUCACAUUUCCAUCUAUUGGCUGUUGUGCGACAGUGUUUGGCUAAGAAGCAGGUGGUUGCGAUGAGUCUGUGUAGGUAGAAUAAAAUGACAAGUUGUACCAUCACAGCUGCUAUAAAGUGCUGCUUAUUCCAGUUUCCAAAUAGCGAGCUGUAUUAAGCCAAUACAACGGGACUUGCAAGACAUGACGGCUGCCACUUGUUUUCAAGUUUUCAGUGCCCCAUUGGCUCAAUUUUUUUGCCAGACUAUAUAGUGCAGCAAAGAGCUUGUUGAACAGCUUCACUACUAUGCAAUGGCAACAAGAAAAAAAAAAAUGUUGAAGUCUUGGUAAAGCAAGUGCGUAGCAGACUUGUUCACCUGCUGUUCACAGCUCUCAGUUCUCCUAGAUGCUGGUUGAGCUGUUAAAUUUCAUAUUCAUGCUUCAGUCAGGAAUUUCGGUACUAGCUUAAGGAAUUUUUUUUUCCUGACAUGCUUUAAUUUAAUGGGGCAGACAUGAGUGUUGUAGAAUGCUGGCUCACUUCCAUGUUUCAAGCAUUAAAACAUUUUUUUGUCCACUGUGCAAGGCGUUUCUGUGACUCUAAUUGGGUGCAGCGUCCUUGGAUUAUCUAUGUUUGCCAGUAGCAGAUGGAGAGUUCCUCCGUUUGUGCAUGUCUAUGUUACCAAGUUUAUGUGCAGAGGAUUUAAAUAAAGCAAAUACAAAAACUAGGUUUUCAAAGUUGCAAUGGGAAGGGAGAAAGCGUGGCGAUGUGAGAAUGCAGAAGCUGGGACGUCAGUUUUCGUGUCUCAUUUUAUUUCGUCAUUGCGCUGGUUCCGGCUUGAACGACGAGAUGAGGAAGAAGUUCUUUUUCGAUAAAAAUGGUAAAUAAAGUUUGUGAGUGACCCAGUG